GCUUCGCGCGAGGCCUCGGAAGACGCUUUCGCUUGCCUUAUUCGUAGAGUGGACACGGUGUAUAUAGCGAGAUGCUGCGAGCCGGAGCCUUGGUGUUCGUGGGGGCGGCCCUCUCCGCCGCCGGCGCCUCCUACGUCUCCUCCGCCGGGGGCCUGUCCGACGCCUUCCUGAGGGAGCUGGUGGCGAGGAUGGGCAGCGGGCUCGCCGACCCGCCAGGGACUACCUGGACCUUCCUCCUCAAGGCAUGGAGGCCCCCUGGCGGAGGGAAUGGCCCCGCGCGCCAUGAAGGAGCUGCCCGGCCCUCCCCUGCCCCUGGACUACGACGCCCUGGCCCUCAGUCCCUCGCUCAGGGACCAGGAGUACUUGUCGCACUCGUCGCUCCUCGGCACCGUGCUCGCCAACUACGAGGGCAAGAGCAAGCAGAAGCUGAAGAACAACCAGGAGGGCCUCAAGAGCACCACCGACGGCGUCCUGCCCGCCUACUGCAACCCCCCAACCCCUGCCCCAUCGGAUACACAGCUGCCGACGGCUGCCUUGAGGACUUCGAGAACUCGGCCGGCUUCUCCCGCGACUACCAGGCCCUGCAGGACUGCAUGUGCGACACCGAGCACAUGUUCGAGUGCGCGGACUCGACCCGGGAGUCCGAGAUCACCGCCCUCGCCCGCUCCAUCCAGAACGAGGGCGUGCUGGACUCCACCCUCGACAAGAUCAUGGACGGACUGGGGGAGGCUAAUCAUCGACUAGUUGCUAAGAAGUUCCACCAGAAGAAGAACUUCAACCCUUACCUGCAGGGCGAGAAGCUGCCCAUCGCCGCCAAGAAGGGAGGCGGACUGUAAGGCAGAGGAGCGCCAAGGUGAACCAGCGAUUUCUCAUGCGUCAACAUGAAGAAGGAGGAGGAGAAGAGAUAAAGGAGGGAAGGGUCUUGCAGUGAUAAGGGGUCAGCGAUGGCGUUUCGGCGGCUCUGGACGGGGCUCAGCCUGGUCUCUAACCUUUUUGAAUUACUUAAAUGCGACUAGUUUGCGAAGGUUGGGGCGUCGAGGGAAAUCCUGCAACGAGGGAGGCUUGUCGUGCGAAGGCCAGACUCGUUGAGAAUGUUUGGUCGACUAAUUGCCCUAAAAGGCGGUGAAUAAUUAAUCUCAUUAGUACCCAUUCCUUAUAAUCAUAUGUCGUAAUAUCAAUACUAUAAUCCGUAGCAGAAGUGAAAUGUCACUAUUCACAAUGAAAGUGAGAAAGGAGUAUGAAUAUAACAAUCAACUUAUUAGCAUUUUUAUUAUGAGGACUGCCAUUGUUUUUAGCUCUGUAUACCAGUAUCGUAAAUAUUCAUGAUCUAUUCCUGAUCGAUAUCAGUUCCCAUCUUGCAUUGCCAACCCCAAGCCUUAUGAAUGAAUAUUAUUGUGUUUUAUGAAUGAGAUACAGGGAAGUCUGCAUCGCUGAUCCUUUCAUCACACGCAGCGCACAAUAGACAUAUAAACCAGGGCAUUAAUUACAUAACAGUAUUUAAAAAAAAGUAAAAAAAAAAAAAA